UCUGCAUUGAAGUUUGGCUACAUGCAGUGUGGUUUAGGAAUUGUGACUUUCGCUCGGAAUUUAAGUGUUUAUUGUUGAAUUUAGUGAAUUGUUUUGAGAAGUUAAACCGAAAAUGUCGAGUCCAGCACGUGCACCAUCUACACCACGUAGAACCCCACGCCGACAGGAAGGAACUAGCGAAAUCGACCGGCAAAAUGGACAUAAGACACCAACGCGAGAAAUUGAAGCUCAGGAUGUAGAAACCCCUAUGCGUAUGGGGCGUUCAAGAACCGCCAGAGGACGUACAAGUGAGCAGUCCGAUCACGUUAUCGUGCCCCCAACAUCUCCUGGAACGCACUCAUUAGGCGCUACCAGUCCUCUCAGAAGUUCAAUUCCGAACAUCAGUGAGAUUGAUCUUAGCUCGCCUUUGAAUUAUGGCACGCCAAGCUCUUUGGGCACGGGCCGUACUCCUCGUUCGGGUAUCCGUGGCACUCCGUUGCGAGCUCGUCCUGAUAUUCGCACAGACAACAAGCGAAUGCGGGAAGUACCAAUUGGAUCUGAUGCGCUUGAACCAAUUUCUGAAGGUCGCUCUGAAACUGAUCCGGUAUCUGAAUCCGGACCUCAACUUGUUAUUUGGGGUACAAACGUUGUGGUUAGCGUGUGCAAGACGAAAUUCAAGAAUUUUAUCUUGCGCUACAUUGAUCCGGAAGCUGAAAAUGAUGAAAUCUCCGAAAAUAUUGACUUAAAUGCGCCAUUGUACUUGCAAAAGCUGGAUGAGAUUUAUGCUUUGGAAGAGCCUUUCCUUAAUAUAAAUUGUGCUCACUUGAAAACCUAUGACGAAACCUUAUAUCGUCAACUGAUCUGCUAUCCUCAAGAAGUUAUUCCAACUUUUGAUAUGGCAGUGAAUGAGAUGUUCUUCGAACGAUAUCCUGCAGCUGUUUUGGAGCAUCAAAUUCAAGUGAGACCUUUCAAUGCAGAAAAAACAAGAAACAUGCGAUCAUUGAAUCCUGAGGAUAUCGAUCAGCUGAUUACUAUCAGUGGAAUGGUCAUUCGAACAUCCAAUGUUAUUCCCGAGAUGAGAGAAGCGUUCUUCAAAUGUAUUAUUUGCUCAUUCUUCACAACUGUGGAAAUUGACCGUGGCCGAAUUGCUGAACCGACUUUGUGCACCAAUUGUAAUACGAAUCAUUGCUUCCAAUUGAUUCACAACCGGUCACAGUUCACGGACAAGCAAAUGGUCAAGCUUCAGGAAUCGCCAGAUGACAUGGCUGCAGGACAAACACCACAUAAUGUGGUAUUGUUCGCUCAUAACGAUUUGGUUGAUAAAGUCCAGCCGGGUGAUCGUAUUACAGUUACUGGAAUUUAUCGGGCUAUCCCAAUUCAGGACAAUCCGCGAGCUAGAAAUGUUAAGAGUGUCUACAAGACACACAUCGAUGUUGUUCACUACAGGAAAGUGGACAGCAAGCGGCUCUAUGAGGAGGAAGAAGGGAAGGAUCAUAUUUUCCCACCGGAGCGUGUUGAAUUGCUUCGUACCUUAUCACAAAAGCCAGACGUAUAUGAUCGUUUGGCCCGUGCGCUUGCUCCUUCAAUUUAUGAAAAUACCGACAUCAAGAAAGGAAUUCUAUUGCAAUUAUUUGGUGGUACUAAGAAAAAGCAUGUGGCGGCUGGUCGUCAGAACUUCCGUUCGGAAAUUCAUAUUUUGCUUUGUGGAGAUCCUGGCACAUCGAAAUCUCAGUUGUUGCAGUAUGUCUACAGUUUGGUCCCGAGAGCACAAUACACUUCAGGCAAGGGUUCAUCGGCUGUCGGCUUAACAGCUUUUGUAACUAAAGAUCCGGAAACAAGGCAACUGGUUUUACAAACAGGAGCAUUAGUACUCGCCGAUAAUGGUGUUUGUUGCAUUGAUGAAUUUGACAAAAUGAAUGAUUCAACGCGAAGUGUCUUGCAUGAAGUCAUGGAACAACAGACUCUCAGUAUUGCAAAAGCGGGAAUCAUUUGUCAGUUGAAUGCUCGCACAUCAAUUCUGGCUGCUGCGAAUCCAUCAGAGUCUCAAUGGAAUAAAAACAAGAAUAUCAUUGACAAUGUUCAACUGCCACAUACAUUGCUCUCCCGUUUCGAUUUGAUAUUUUUGGUGCUUGAUCCUCAAGAUGAACUCUUCGAUCGCCGUUUAGCCUCACAUUUGGUUUCUUUAUAUUAUGUGUCACGGCAUGAGGAAGAGGAUACUAUGUUUGAUAUGAGUGUAUUGCGUGAUUAUAUCGCUUACUCUCGUGAGCAUAUACAGCCGACACUAUCCGAGGAAGCACAGCAGCGAUUGAUUCAAGCCUAUGUUGAUAUGCGGAAGGUUGGAGCUGGACGCGGACAAAUCUCUGCAUAUCCUCGACAAUUGGAAAGUUUGAUUCGAUUGUCAGAAGCACAUGCUAAAGUUCGAUUAUCGCAGAAAGUUGAAAUACAAGAUGUCGAAGAAGCCUGGAGGCUGCAUCGUGAGGCUCUGAAACAAUCUGCUACGGAUCCAUUGUCAGGAAGAAUAGAUGUUGGAAUCUUGACUACAGGCUUAUCAACGGCAGCAAGGAAGAAGCGUGCCGAUUUAGUGGCCAGCAUCAAAGAACACUUGAAGAAGAAGGGUAAAACACCUACAGUUCCAUACCAAAAACUAUUCUCAGAGAUUAAGGAGGGCUCACAAGUGCUGAUUACACGAGAACAAUUUGAGGAUGCUCUAAAAGAAAUUCAGGAUGAAGGAGUUAUAGUUGUUAUGGGUAGAAAUACAAUUAGGAUUUGUUAAGCGCUAGUUUGUAGCAGUAUUUUUUAAUUUUUUUUAUAUAUAUUUUAAUAAUCUUGUUUUUAGUUAGAUUAUGGAUUCCGCAGAGUGAUGUGUUUUUGUUGUAGAGGUAUUAUUUGGUUACUUGUUGAAUUCCCAUUGAUUAUUAUGUCUAAACAAACCCCACAGUUUACAGCCUUUGUAUGGGAAUACAAAUGGCAGUUAUUAGAUCAUGAUGCAUCGCAAAUAAUAUUUGAGAAAUAGGAAAAAAAACUAAACAGUACAAAAUUGAGAGAGAAUCCUUAACUUCUGUUUCCUGGACAAAAUACACUUUUAUUUUAUAAGACUAUAUACGAAUAAACGGAUAAUUUUAAAA